AUGCACGCUUUCGCCUGGAGCUCGAUUCGGCUCUCCCGCAGCGGCAAGGUCUCGAGACGGAUAGACAGGCAGACAGCAGACGGGCAGACAGCGCGCCCGCCGCCAUCCGCUCGCUCAGCCGCUCGUCCGCUCGACCGCUCGACCACACGUCCGCACGUCCGCACGUCCGCUGGGGUCUCGCCUUCGGUGUCUCCGCCGCUCAGAUUGGUGACCGUUUUGACAGGAAGCGUAAAAUCGCCAGGUCGCCAUUGUGCUGCUGCCGCUGCCGCACGAGCUCCAAUCGGCACCACCGUCCGCACGCGCUUUCACUCGGGCCACCUGCUCUUGGCACCUCCUCACCACCAGCCUCCGCUCCGCCUCCGCUCAGCCUCCGCUCUCAGCAGCUUCCGACUGUCGGCUCGUCUUCCGCAUUUCCUCCCCCUCCUCCUCCUCCUCCUCAUCACCACCACCCGCAAUCCCCUCCUCCUCAUCUCAUACCUCGGCUCAUCAGCGUGCAGACGCCCAUCCCAUCACUCCAAAGCGUCGGGCUCCACAUCGUCCGGCCCGCCUCGUUUCGUAUCGAAUCGAGCCCCACGCCGCCUUUCGUGGCUGAACAUAGCCAAGCCCCGGCACUCGGACUCCUCCGCCUCCGACUCCCUCUCUUACCUUCAAACCACCUGGCUUCACUUCAUCCCACCCACUCAAGCUUCGAGCUUGCGGGAGCAUCUCGAAUCAUCGCUCCCCACCCUCUCCAUCCUCUUGGCACGACGCCCGUACCUCUGCACCCUUUGCACGUCCAUUGCAACUUCGCACGCUUUCGCACGCUUUCGCACACUACGCACGCAUUCGGCUCGACAUCACCCUUGCCGGCGCCGCGCCCACAUUUGCUGCCAAGCGCACCCGCUCGUCCACGUCCACGUCCACGUCCACGUCCACUUCCAACGCUCGCCUGCCGCUCCAGGCCCGCAUCCCCCUUCAUCCCGCCACCCGGACUCGACAACCCUCCCUCCGUCGUUGCACCAAACCGACCGUCUCACGCACCACAGCGGCAUCGCGCGCAUUCUCAUCGCCAGCCGCUUUCAUUUGUGCCACAGGAACACAUCCACUCGCUCUUCAUCAAGCCUCACUCCUUGGCCCGCAUUGCCAGACGUCUCAUCUCUCGCCUCCCUCCGCUCGACUCAUCUUGACGCACUCCCGCCCGCUGCCUCGGUCCCGUUCCGUCAGCACGGCGUCCGUCUCGCUCGUCUUGGCCCCUGCUCCCCCCCGCCCUGCCCUUGGAGAGCUGCCGCUACGCGCGUGCUAGAUGUCUGA